UUGACCAAAAAAUGUCUGGAGGCCAGAGCGGGUAUGAACUAUGUGAGGCUAAAGCUAUCCUGAGUGAACUGAAAUCCAUCAGAAAGGCGAUAAGUUCAGGAGAGAGAGAAAAACAAGAUUUAAUGAAGAGUCUUGCAAAGCUGAAAGAGAAAUUCAAUCUUGACCAGAACAUUGGGAUAUCGGAACCAGACCUGAGUUCCAGCUCAGUAAAUUCCCAGCUGUGUUUUUCUAGACAAACUCUGGAUGCAGGGUCUCAGACUGACAUUUCUGGUGAGGUUGGAACAAGAAGUAGAUCCAAUUUAGCAGAGAAGGUCAGACUAAGUCUUCAAUAUGAAGAGGCAAAGAGAAGCAUGGCUAACUUGAAGAUCGAACUGUCUAAGUUAGAUAGUGAGGCCUGGCCUGGGGCACUGGAUGUGGAAAAGGAAAAAUUGAUGUUAAUCAAUGAAAAAGAAGAGCUUUUAAAAGAACUCCAGUUUAUCACACCACGCAAACGUACUCAAGAUGAGCUAGAGCAGCUGGAAGCAGAAAGAAAGAGGCUUGAAGAAGAGCUGCACUCCGUAAAAAGUGCACCCAGUCAAGCACUUGCUGAAAGAUUGAAAUUGGAGGAAAGAAGAAAAGAAUUGGUACAGAAACUUGAAGAAACUACAAAAUUGACGACUUAUUUGCAUUCACAACUUAGGAGCCUCUCAGCUAGUACGCUGUCUGUGUCAUCAGGGAGCAGUCUGGGAUCUCUGGCAUCCAGCCGCGGAUCUCUGAACACAUCAAGCAGAGGGUCGCUCAACUCGCUCAGCUCCACGGAUCUCUAUUACAACCAAUGCGAUCAAAUAACGGAUUUGGACUAUCAGUAUAAGCUUGACUUCAUAUUGCAAGAAAGUGGUUACAUUCCUUCAGGGCCUAUCACUACUAUUCAUGAAAAUGAAGUGGUCAGCUCCCAUGAGAGACUAGGUUACAGUGACUCUCCUUCAGCCACAGACCAGCCCAAACUGACUGAGCCUCCCAAAUCUGUGACAUCACUGUCUUCCAGGUCUUCACUGUCCUCCUUGUCUCCCCCAGGCUCCCCUUUGGUUUUAGAAGCUGCAUUUUCUGUCUCUGCUCAAAAUUCCCCUCUGCAUCACCUCACUACAGACUUUGAAGACUGUGAUUUUGCAGGCAUUAGUCUCUGUGAGAACCAAAUAUUAUUGGACCCUGAAGCCAGAGCAGGAUCUCAGAUUCUUGCAGACGAUAAGGAUCUUCAUGAAAGCAUUAAACAGCCUUUGUCUUCUCUGCAUGAAGGAAGUUCAGGUGUUGACUUGCCGAGAAGAGCAGCUAGUCAUCUCCUUGCAGAGAAGACAGCUUGUGUAUCUGCUGCCGUGUCUGAUGAGUCUGUAGCUGGAGAUAGUGGUGUAUAUGAAGCUUCUGUGAAACAUCUAAAUGAAACCGAGGACAUUGUAUACAGUGAAGAUGAUGCAACUGCCCAAGUUCAAAUAGGACUCAGAUACGACCACAGCAAUUCAAGUUUUGUGAUAAUCAUAGUCCAGCUCAGAAAUCUGCCAGUGUUUUCUGUUCCCCUUGGCUCUAAAGUGUAUAUUAGAGUAGCAGUACUUCCAUCCUCAGCUGAUACCAGCUGUCUGUUCCGCACAAAAGUUCAUCCUGCCAUGGAAACCAUUUUACUCAACGAGAUAUUCAGAGUUGCCAUUUCCCAAGGAACACUGCUACAGAAAACUCUGAGAGUAGAUGUUUGUGCAGUCAGUAGAAGCUGUCGGGAAGAAUGCUUGGCUGGAACUCAGAUCAGUCUGGCAGAUUUAUCAUUUUCUGAUGAGACUUGUGCUCUGUGGUAUAACCUUCUGUCUUGCAAGCAAAUCCCUGGCAAAAAAAAGGAUCAGAAUGAGGAACCCAUGUUUCUUUUAAGCAAGCAGUCAUCAGACUCAUUGGACUUGGAUGCUGUGUCAGCUCUGCUGGAGAGAACAUCCGCUGAGCUGGAAGCCGUAGAACAAGAGCUGGCUGAAGACGAGGAGGAAGAGGAUGAACAGGAGGAAAGGGGCUCUGAGGAAGACUGGUUAGAAAUGCUUGCAGAAGCAUCUGAUGAAAUUGGGGAUGAAGAGGAAGAUGACAUUAAGCUGGCAGUAGAAGGCAACUGUACCGAUGACAUGGGGUUAUUCAUUGAUGCAGGAGAAACUGAGGAAGAUGAGAACAGACAGAACAGAGAUGAGGCCCAUGAAAGCCAGCAAGCUGCCAUCGUACUAACACUGGUUGAUAAAGAGACUAACACUGAGGAAUCAGUUAACGAGAAUGCAACAGUCCGACCCAAGGACAGAGCCAGCUGGAGCUCAAGACAGCGUCCCUUUGUCAGGAACAGCAUGAUUGUGCGCUCACAAACCUUCUCGCCAGGCGAGCGGAACCAAUACAUCUGUAGGUUGAGUCGAAGUGACAGCGACAGCUCAACACUAGCCAAAAAGUCUCUCUUUGUGAGGAAUGCCACAGAAAGGAGGAGCCUAAGAGUCAAACGGCCUGUUUGCCAGCCAAUCAUGCGAAGAGCUACGCAAGAGUGCCCUGUACGCACUUCCCUCGACUUGGAGCUGGACCUCCAGGCGUCACGCACACGACAGAAUCGACUGAAUGAUGAGCUUCAGGCCUUGCGGGAUCUUAAGCAGAAGCUUGAAGAAAUGAAAGGUAGAGGAGAGACAGACCUUCCCCUGUGCGUACUGGAGGAUGAACGAUUCCAGAAACUCUUGAAACAGGCUGAGAAACAGGUAUGAGCAGCAUACAGAUUUUGUGUGAAGAAAAAUAUUCU